GGUGGGGUGAAAGUACAGCGCAUAUAAGGGGUAGCAGAGGGCGGCAUGAGGGCAGGCAUGGGGUGAAAAGGAGGGAGUGGAGCGAUGGUCGGUCAGCAUAUCGUCACAGAGACAGUACGUCGCUUGGUGAUGCCAUCAAUAUCACGGCUGACUCACAGCGAACUUCUCCUGCUGGUAAGCACCCUCCUCUGGUGUCUGUGUUCCAUCCGAGUUAGAGUGGCGCUUGACCAUUCUGACGGGGCAGUAUUAGAUGUGUAUGAAACUUGCAACGAUUGCGAGAGCAGAAAUGCAACAGUAACGACGGGUAGGUCACUAAAGCUACAGAAAGAUGAAGGGAGUAAAGAGGGAGGAGGGGAGGAGGACGAGCGUGGCAACGAGGUUGGGGGGUGAGGGAGAGAGGGAACCAAGCAGUAGAAGUAGGUAAGGUGAGGAGAGAAGGGAGAGAAUGAGGAAUGCCAAGAGUGACGGCAAAAGAUAGAGGCAAGGUGAGAAGUGGGGAAAUAAAACCGACGGUAGAUGAAGAGUCGGAGGUAGGACAGCGGCGGAGGUAGGCGUGAGGGAG